ACUUUUUCAACAGCUAUCGUUGUCAUAGUGCAGCUGGGUUCGACUGUCUGUGUCUAGCUUCGUUAGCUGCUGGCGACUAGGCAGGCGCUAGUUCGGCGGCUACGUCGUUUCCUGUUAUGGUCCGGGCUCCUCAGUCUGUCGUUGCGGGCGACUUCUUUUGGCGCAAGGCACCGUCGUGCGAGCAACGUGGUGCUGCUGAGCGGUCGGCGGCGAUCGGUAAUCAGUGAGGCGCCGAGGCCCCCUGUGUGAUAAAAGACAAUCCAGUCCUGUUUGGUGCGAUACAAAAAAUAAAGGUCGAGUGCAAGUCGCCAUUGCGUCGUGCAACGGAAGUCUGUGCGUGUGUAGGAGAGAGAGAUAGAGAGAGAGAGAGAGAGAGCAAGCGAAGAGUUUCUCUUUUGUCAUCAUUGUUCAGAUUGUCCCGGAGAUUGAAACCAGCGACGUUGACCGCAGACGCUUGACACCAUGUCGGAGAUGCACGAGGAGGAGCAGACAUGCCGAAUUGAGGCUGUCGUCACCAAGUACAAGACCGCGGGUGAGAUCGUCAACCGCACUCUAGUCAAGCUCAUUGAGAAAUGUGUGGCUGGAGCCUCGGUACUCGACCUGUGCGAAUUCGGCGAUAAAGCGCUCACCGAAGAAACAGCAGCGGUUUUCAACAAGAGCAAAGAUAUCCGUAAGGGUAUUGCAUUCCCUACUUGUAUCUGCGUUAACAAUUGUAUCUGCCAUUUUUCACCGUUGAAAAGCGAACCCCCCGUCGUUCUGGCCACUGGCGACGUCGUCAAAAUUGAUCUGGGCGCACAUAUCGAUGGUUUUAUUGCGGUCGUCGCGCAUACGCUAGUUAUCGGCGCCACAAAAGAGAAUAAGGCGACAGGAAGGAAGGCAGAUGUUAUUUUGGCUGCCCAUAAAUCGAUCGAGGCUGCUCUUCGUCUCGUGCGACCGGGCGGAAUAAAUUCUAAGGUCACCGAAAUUACUCAGAAGGUGUGCGAAGCAUACAAAUGCCUUCCAAUCGAGGGAAUGCUAUCUCACCAGCUCAAGCAACAUGAAAUUGACGGCGAAAAAUCAAUUAUCCAGAAUCCCAGUGAUGCUCAGCGCAAAGAGCACAAAGAAUGCAAAUUCGAAGAGUACGAGGUAUACGCGCUGGACGUCCUCGUCUCGACCGGAGAGGGCCGUGGCAAAGAGAAAGAAUCUCGGUGCACCGUAUUUAAGCGUACGGAACAUGUUUACAAACUAAAGAUGCGGGCCUCACGUGUGUUCUUCUCGGAAGUUGAGAAAAAAGCUUUCUCGAUGCCAUUUACACUGCGAGCGUUCGAAGAUGAAGCUCGUGCGCGACUGAGCGUCGGCGAGUGCGUACAACAUGCUCUACUUGACCCAUUCCAGGUUCUGUUCGAGAAGGAGGGUGAAUUGGUUGCGCAAUUUAAAACGACGGUGCUCUUAAUGCCCAACGGAUCGGUGAAGAUCACGGGGGUGCCAUUCGACCCAUCGUUAUACCAGAGCAAUCACAAGAUUGAAAAUAAGGAGGUCCUUGACAUCCUCAAACAGAGCUACUCGAGCUCAAACAAGAACAAGAAAAAACCUGCAGCUGCCGUAACUCCCAAGGCAGACGAAGCAGGUGAUAAGAAGUAGAUUGAGAGUACUGACAAGUAAAAGACGGGAAAAACGACAAGAACGCAGAUAUACAAAACUUAAACCUAUCAAGAAUAUCGAAAGCAUGCAGACGUACAUCUGUAUGCCGCCAAGGGAAGAAUGCCGAUCUUCGCGCAUCUCACCCGUAGUUUUUCGUGUGUGGGAAGAUAGAGAUGAAAAUCUAAACGCUUUGGUACGCGCCAAUAUUGAAAACCGCACAUUGGCGCAGGCUAGCGCUUAUUAUUUUGUAAUGGCCAGACGAGACGUAACUGCAAUUAGUGAGGACAUGAGCUAUGAUUUAUAUAUGGUGGUAUUACUAUUGUUGGAUAACAAUAAAAAUAAAUGAUGAUUGUGACUUAUGGGGAAUUACAUCACCUGCUAUAUAGUGGGGUUUGCACUGGAAAGUGAUGGAUUUGAUUAAAAAGUGAGCAGACAGAAAACAUUGGAAAGGUAGAAAAAUCUAUUAAGGAUAUUGGUUAAAAAUAGGUUGUGUGGAGGGAAACUUCAAUUGGAUAAAUGGAUGGUUGCACGGACGGGAUAAGCGAUGCGAUAUACGUAUUGUAUUCGCCGUGUCUUUAUCAUUGCGUCAUUAUUAACAGCACCAUCGUCAGCAAAAGCAGUAAAUGGUACGUCAACAAAAUGUAGCAACUCAUCGAUUUAUGACGAAUUGUAAUGGCUCAGCAAGCAAUUUUGCUUUCUGCCACGAGUUAGAGGUAAUCUUUUUAGUGGUAAUGUGUUCACGAAUUCUCGCUUGUGCUAGUUAGCAGGGCCAAGGACCAUUAGCGCCCACAUCAUCAUCAUCAUCAUAGUACGCUGAUGACGAUUUGGUCUUAGGAGCGACCCGCCAGGUUCAUUGGCGGUUCAUUGGCGAUGGUUACAACUACGCAGCAAAUAGCAAAAGCAACAACAACAACAACAACAACAACAACACCAACAACAACAGCAGCAACAACAGCAACAACAGCAACAACAACAACAACAACAACAACAACAAGGACACACGGCCAGUCAAAAUAAUAUCGAUAGCUUGAUACCGAGCUAUAUAUUUGAUGUGUAAAAUAAAAGCAUCGAUUUUUGGAAGAAAAACGGCAUU